AAAUCGGAAGUUAUCUUGCCGUCAACGGUGGCUUGACAGCUAACUAGCGUUAGCAACAUAGUUGGCUAUCCUCGAAAGAAUUUCACCGCAACAAACUUGUUUAUGACACAAACUCAUAAUGCAGAGUCGCUGCGCGGUGCCGAACUGUACUAGCGGCAAAUCCGACACACAGCCACUCUUCCGGUUUCCGCAGGAUCCAGAAAGGUCUAAGAAGUGGGUUGAAAAAUGCCAGAGGCAAGAUCUCAAAGACAGCUCACCAGACCAGUUGUACAGAUACUACAGACUCUGUGGAAAACAUUUUGAAACGUCUUUGAUUCAUAUUGAUGGUCAGAGUGCAGUGUUGAAGGAUGAUGCCAUACCAACUAUCUUCGAUGUGCCAAGCCAACCUCAAAAUGGGCAGGUGAAGCGCAGUAAAGAGACGACCAAAGACGAUGAAACGGAGAGUAAGGGGAGAAAAAAAAUCAAAAAGUCUCCAGCAGAGACAGCUAAGGAAGAUGUCCAGGUCCUCCCAGAGGAAGAGGAGUACAAAGAGUAUCUGAAGUCAUUAUUUGAAGUACUUGUACUGUUGGGAGAGCAAAGCAUUCCUCCGACAGGGCCUGGUGAUAGUAAGGAGGAUGGCCUUGGGUCAAACAACUUUCAGGCCUUGUUAGAAUAUCGCAUGAAUCGAGGAGAUGAAGUUCUUAAGAAGAGGUACGAUGUGAAUAAGGAGUGCUGCUCCUCAGUUCGGCUGAAUCAGUUGAUUGAGGUGUGGGAGAAAUGCAUCUACAGUAAGCUGGUGGAAGAAGUUAAACAAAAUGGCUUUUUCUCAUUACUUACUGAUGAUUUGGUCAAGAUCUCAGGAGAAUGGUACCUCCCGGCUUUUGUCCGUUAUGUGGACCAGUCUAACUGCCCGCGGGAGAGGUUUGUUGGAUUCUUGUCCUUUGAAGGAGAUGGAGAUGCCUUAGCAGAGAAACUUCUGUCUGAAAUGACUGACAGAUGGGGAUUGGAUAUGGAACAGUGUAGAGGUCAAGCCCACUCCUGCUCUGGGACACAUUUUAGUAAAAUAAAAACAUUUGCUGCCAAACUGAUGGAGAGGUAUCCAAAGGCAGUGCUCACACUAAGAUCUACUUGUGCAUUGAACGUGUCACUGGCGAAGGGUAUGGCUUUGUCGGGGGUUCAGCUCGUCAUGUCAACCCUCAAGAAGAUUGAGUCAUUCUUCAGUCAGUCCCCUUUACUGCAGUUGGAGCUGGAGCACGCUAUUUCUAUUUUCUUCCCAGACAAAGAGGAAAAGGUCAAAGAACUGAAGGAGAUCUGUCAAACCAGCUGGACCAGCCGACACGAUGCAUUUGAGGUGGCCGUGGAAAUUCUAGAGGCAUUACUACUCUGUGUGGACAGCGUGCAUGACAACGAGGAUAUGAGGUGGAACGAUCAAGUCACGCACAACGCCUUAGAGAUUUCAAAAGCUCUAGCUGAUUUCGAGUUUGUCAUGGCGCUGGUCGUGCUGAAAAACACCAUGACACUGACACGAGCAUUUGGGAAGAACGUGCAAGGGAAAGCGACAGAUGCCCACUUUGCUGCAACCAGUUUAAAAGCUGUAUUGCACUCACUGAAGGAAGUGGCGGACAACACCGAUGUGUAUCACGAGUUCUGGAACGAUGAGGCCGUUAACCUAGCCACUGCGAUGGAGAUCCCGGUGAAGGUUCCUCGCUCAUUCUUGAGAAAGCAUCAGUCAGAAUCUGGAGCCAUUCGGCCGGAGACUUACUACAAGGAUCAUCUGACUGUUCCCGUGGUGAACCACAUCAUCAAAGAACUGAAUGAACUCUUCUGUGAGGACCACCUGAAGGCUCUGAGAUGUCUGUCACUGGUCCCUGCUGUCAUAGAGCAGCACAAGUCCACUGAACCCGAGGAAGAGAGCGUGCAAGUGUUUAAAAAUGACAUCCCUAAUGCAGGAACCCUCUCCGCCGAGCUGCACUGCUGGUGGGUUAAAUGGAGCAAGAAGGGCAAAGGUGAGACUCUGCCCUCCAGUCUCCAAGAAACACUGCAGCUGGCCGACGUGAAGUUCUUCCCAAACAUGCUCGCAGUUCUGAGACUGAUCGGCAUCGUGCCUACCUUGGCUCUGGAAGACAGCUGCAAUGUGGCGUACAAGCGCUUCCAGAUGUACAUGGAAAACACGCCCGACAAGUUCAAAUCAACAAGUCUUGCUCUUUUGAAUUUGAACUAUGAUGUUGGGUGUGAUCUGGAUGCAGUAGUUGAGAUCUACAUGAAGACAUACCCAGACCAGGAGGAGGUGUCUUAGUCAGUAAUGGUAGUUAAGCGUCCGGGACAGAUGAUCCACAGCUUAUCUUGAUAAACAUCCUCCUUUAGUGUAGGUUUUUUUUUACUAUCAGGUCCUCGUUGUGAAGUAGAAUCUUUUAAAAGCUGUGUGUUUUUAAUAAAAUGUAGAAUGUAAAAGAACAAUAGACUUAACUACAAAGUGUCAUUAAUUCAUUGAUAAAUUCCAGAUGUUCAUUUUGUUUUUGUUGUGCUUUUCCAUGCUGUUUUCUGUCCAAUCCUUCACUCUAUUGUUGAAACAAGUAGCAUUUAUUUUGUUUUAAGGGUGGGAAUUAUGUAGUCAUGUAAGCCUUGUUAAAGUGUCUUUACUGUGUCACCCAGCGUUCUGCAGACAUUUAACAAUUGGAUAAGGGGGAUCAGAUAUAAAUCCCUCCCUGAACAUGUUAAUAAAGAGGCAGUCUCUUGGGUUUACUAA